AUGGACCAGCGGCUCGGCGAGCUGGUGGAGGAGCUCACCACCUCCGGGCAGUCGCGGCUGGAACCGGGCAGGAUGAAGGAGCUGAAGAAAAUCUGCAGGUCUUCAGAAGAACACCUCAACCAUGCCUAUCACCUGCUGAUGACUCGGCUCAACGAGGAGCACGCUGAGAUGCGCUUCUCGGCUUUCCAGAUAGUGCAAGAGUUGUUCACCCGCUCCCACCAGUUCAGGACACUCCUUAUUUCCAACUUCCAACAGUUCUUGGAGCUUACAGUGGGGAUAGACCAUGAGCAGCCUCUUCCCCCACCCAAGGAGGUGGCACAAAAACUGAGGCAAGCAGCCAUUAAGUCGGUGCAAGACUGGCAUGAGAAAUAUGGAGAGGCCUACAAGAAGCUUUCUCUGGGAUACCACUUUCUCAAGCAGAAUAAGAAGGUGGAUUUUCAAGAUGUGCAUGCCAGGACUGUGGCUGAAAGGAGGAGGGAAGAGGAAAAGCAGAAACGACUGGAUAACAUCUACAAAGAAAAGGCCAAAAGAGCUGAAAAAGAAAUGGAAGAAAUGUCCCAAGAGAUUCUGAACACACUGACAGAGAUGGAAAACUGUUUCCAGCUUCUGAUGCCAGAUCCUUUCGACUUCACUGUGUAUGACACAGCACUGGAACCCAGCAAACCAGCAUCUGCUAAUGGGGAUAAACCCACAUCUCCCCUGUCCUCCCAGGUGGAAGCUGACCAGUCCUCUCUUGGAGACAUGGAUGAUGAGCAGCCAUGCUGCAGCAAGGACCUUCCUGCUGUUCCUCAGUGUGUUAGGACUGAUCAACACAAAGAGGUGGAUGAGAAACAUGAGGAGUCUGAGCAAAAGGAAUUAGAUGGAGGCACCUGCUCUGAAGCUCAGUCUGGUGUUCCUGUUCCCAGUGAUGAUGAUUACCAGACUUUUAUCAGGAACCAUGGCCUUGUGUCACAUAAAUACACUCUAGACCUUGAAAUCUCCACAGAUAUAAAAGUGCAUGAGAGUGAAGAUAACACUGCCAUAAUAAACAACGUCAUGGAUGCUCACAAACUCCUCAGAAAUAAGUUCUGGCCUUCUGUGCAGUCCUGGAUUCAGUUAUUUACCAGAGCUGGGAUAAAUGAUGAUCGCCUAAGGUGUGCCAUUGAUCUCAAGAAUAAAUUGGAGACUGCUAUGAAGAAAUAUAAGGAAAUGAAUAUUUCCUUUAAAGAGAGAAGAGAAGUGAUGAAAGCCAAGGAUGAGGAUGAUGACGACGAGGAUGAAGAUGACUUUGUGGAGGUCCCUGAGAAGGAAGGUUAUGAGCCCCACAUUCCAGACCACCUGCGUAAGGAGUAUGGGCUAGAGCCUCAGUCACCUCCAAAAGCACCAGUGGGGAAGACAUCAAAAGGACCAUCUCCUUUGAGCUCUCACGUUCAGCUGAAGGGGAAUGAAGAUGAACUUGAUCCAACCUGUGCAGCUGCCACACUGAAGCUCAUUAGAGACAAACUCCCCAAGAUACCACCUCCACGUGCCAGUAACUCUGCUACUGAGCCAGGAACCCUGGAAGAGCCUGAUAGUAAGAGAAGAAAACUGGAAGAAGAAAGAGCUAAAGCUCCCCUCAUGCCUUUUGGAUUAGAUCUUCACUACUGGGGCCAGGAUCAGCCCAGUGCUGGGAAGAUUCUUAAGUUUGCUUCUGAGCAUCGAUUUUGGGCACCCAGUGAAGUGGAGGAAGAGGUGGAAAACAAAGAAAUAAGUGAAAUGUUAAAAACCAGAUACAUAACCUUUGCUGGCAAGUUUGAGCCAGUGAAACACAAAUGCCGAGCGCCGAUGCCUGAUGGGAGCCUCUGUGCAAGACAGGAUCGGAUUAAGUGCCCUUUCCACGGGAAGAUAAUUCCUCGGGAUGACUCCGGGGUUCCCAUCAACGCAGAGGACAAAGCCAGAGAAGAAAGGAUGCGGUUGGAGAAGCAGGCAGCUCAGCCAGAGUGGCGAGAUCCAGAGUUCAUGAGAGAAGUUGAAGCAGCUACAGGAGUGGAUCUUGGCUCCUCUAAAAAUAAUGGAAAAGGAGAGAAAAAGAAAGGGAAGAAGAAAAAAUACCCAAAUCUGACAGAUUUGAAGCAGCAGGCCAACACUUCUCGUUCCCGGCUGGAGAAGAAGGUCUUCAAUAAGGGUGCUAUGAAGAGGGUGGUGAAAGCCAUGAACCGAGUGGACCAACGAAAGCACGAGAAGUUUGCCAACCAGUUCAACUAUGCCCUGAACUGAAUGG